AUGGUGGUUCCGGCCAAGCGGACCCGUCAUGACGCUGCGUCGUCGUCGGGUGGUGUUGAUAUUGGUGGUCGACGAAAGUAUCGGCGUCUAGAUCGACUAUCUGUACUUCCCCAGUACCACGACUGUGGUGAUUGCAGUUGGGUAUGUGAAUUUUGUGGUGCAUUAUUCAGGUAUGUCGAGAGGGCUGUUAAUGUGUCUACCGUUGCUCACGCACGGUACACCCAUUGUUGUAGAGCUGGCACCGUUGUCCUUCCGUAUCCUUCUCCGUUUCCAGCUCCGUUUAAAUCAAACGUUUUGUCUGCCUUAAGAAACCGGAUAAAGUCAUGA